UUUUAUUAAACUGGGUUUACUUCAUUAUACCUCCAGAUUCGUUCUUUCUCGACUGACACACAUUGAUCAUUCAGGAUACAUCCUGUUCUGCAAUAGUCAGACAUUAGCGAGUAUAGUAUCUAUCAUUAGACUAUUAUUUCUUCUGGUGGUAAAUGGUGGUCGAUUUUCUUAUCAAGUAAUAAAUUCUGUCCUUGAGAGUAUCCCGCAGAAUCAAAUAAUAAAUCGACUUCCACUAGCCUACCCCACCGAGGUGAAGUGAAUCCUACAUCAUUAGCCGAUCAACGUCGCAAAGAGAGGUAGUAGAUCGUUUAGACAACAUUAGAAUUAAACUCGGUACUCAAAAUAUUUACUAUUUUGGUUCAGCACUUUGCCUUCAUACAACCUAUAGUACUUAUCAGAGGCCUGGUUCGCAUGGAUUUGCCAUUCUGUCUGUUGUUUCAUGCGGUCUAAUAUCUUUCCAAAUUACAGCACAAUUAUUGGAUUCUGGAUAUAUUAGUCAUCAUUUGGAGAAAAGGUUCACUCCAAAAUUACUAUCUCUGUCUGAUCCUAGUGACAGCAUAAUUUACACUCAGCAGGUUCAAGUUGAACUGCAUUUUAUUAUUAAAUUGAAUUUAAUUCCACCUCACCAUAUUAUAACCACCUACAGCAUUAAGUUAGAAACUCAGGUCCCUUACUUCGGCUACCUUUGUAGACCGCCAAACCCUCUAUUGAGCAAGUUAACUUUUUCAAUUUCUUCCAUCCAUACACCAGUCAUUCUGCUUAGAUACUCUGAUUUAAGUGAUAUCGACAAUCCGAUUAAACAAAGGUUGGUCAACCUAACCUACAACUACCCAUCGUUAAAUCAUAACCUCAAGUACUAUAAUUGUUCAAUUAUUCUAUUUAAUCUGACCAUUUGAACUAUCAAUUACUUUUUUACUGUACGUCCUCCCCUCUCUACGGAACAAAAUAGGCUGCAACAUUCGCCAACACAAGGGCAGAAAAUAUCACAUCUACUGUGGCAGCCGAGACCAACAUAGAAGAAGAGACAACAGUCACUCCAGCUCCAGUAGUAGCAGCCUCUAAUGGAUUAUUACCCAGGCAGGUUUUCAACGAAAUGUACUCAGAGUGUCUCUACAAGCUAUCGUACCCCUGCUUUGGAAGAAAACUUCUUGUUCUGUUGGAUUACUUCGACAAAAUGCGAGAGAUUAGUGUCUAUGAUGGAUGGAUUUCAGUAGUGCGAACGACAGAAGCCGCCACGCCGCAAAUAACAGAGGACCUGCUGUUUGCGCGCAGCGCCUCGCAGGGCCAGAGGCUGGUGCAACUCAUCGAGCUGGCAUUCGAGAGAUUCAUCGAUAAUCGCGUGAUAAGACUGGCGCUGCCCAAUUGGAGUAGCAAUGACGCUGUGGCAAGAUCGAAUGACUACGUGGAUUUCGACUUCUCUGGAUAUUCAGAGGACUCAUUUGAAGGAAGAGGCAAGAAGAAGAAAAAGAAGAAGCUGAUGAAGAAGAAGAGCAAAAUUAUCAAGAAACUAUCAAUGAUUAUUGGAAAGGUGAUGAUGAUAAAAAUGGCUAUUCUGGGGCCAAUCUUGAUCAAGCUCAUUGCUCUGAAGAAAAUCAAAGCCCUGCUGCUGGGGAAGAUCGGCUUCUUGCUGUCAGCGUUCAUGUUGAUAAUGAAGUUCAUGUCCAAAGGAGGAAUGAAAAUGAUGGGAGGAGGUGGAGGGGGAUGCAGCUGUGGAGGGGGAAGUAUGUGCGGCUGUAAGGGCUCACAUGAUGCGGUAAUGGGCUACCCUCCGGCCGGGGUGAGCCAGUCAGAUUGGAGCUCGAGUGGGGGUGGCGGAGGCGGUGGAGGCGGUGGCUGGGGUGCGAGUGGGGGUGGCGGAGGCAGCAGUGGCGGCUACGGCAGCUCGGGAGGCGGCGGAGGCGGUGGAUCGGCGUGGAGCAGUUUGACCAACGCGGUCAGCAGUGGGGCGGUAGCCAUGGGGGGUGGCGGAGGAGGCGGCUGGGACCGUAGCUUCGGACACGACCUCGCUUAUGCCUACUACCGGCAGCAGGAAUCAUCCACUGACAAGCCGGUGUCUUUGGAUGGCGUCUGAUACAUCAUUAACCAGUGCCAAGUCAAUAAUUCCUAUUAGCCUACCACCAUAGACUUACUAAAAUCACUUCAUCGAUCAAUGUAUUCUCACACAUACACUGACAACAUACAUCACAUCAUCAUCACAUCCCUAUUUAUAUAUUCUCUAAAUAGUUUGAAAAACUUGUUUGAUAGCAAUGAGAUUACUUUUAUUUUCAUAAAAUGGAUCACACUAUUAUUAGGAUACCUUAUUGUUUGAUCUUCGAUGGUGAAAAUCAAGACAUCAUCAAUCAUCCUUUCUUUAUAAGUUGAAAAUUCAGGAUAACCAUCAUAAACAUUGGUUUCAAUUGUUUCAAUCCAAAGUCUGAUAAUGCAGAGUUUUUGCCGAUCAAGUUUGAUCAUCGAUAUCUCCCUAAAUCUAUCUCCCAAUCUAUCGAGCUAAUUGAGGCAAAUUUCUAUUCAAUUAGUUUUUGUUUAAUUUGUCUUUGGUUUUUGAGUCAACUUUUUGAAUUGCACAAGCUCCCUGAAUGUCAAUACUAGUGAAUAAUAUUAUUUACAAAUCAUAAUAACUCUAAAUGGACUAUGUUAUUGUUAUAGGCUUGAUAUUCGUAAUAUAAGUUGUGAAAUAUGAAUGUGAUUAUUGUACCUUGAUUAAUUGAUCUUAG